GGAGACAAUAAGUAAGGAAAGGGAGAAAGAGGGAGGGAGGCGAGGUGCAGCCGCCGCCUCGUCGCUCUCCGUUCUGCAGGCAGCGCGGAGCAGAGGACGGCCCCCGGCAGGCGUCCCGGCAUGCUGAAAGUCACCAUGCCCUCCUCAUCCUCAUCCUCCUCGUCCUCCUCAUCCUCCUCCUCCGGCUCCUCUGCCGCCAGCCGCCCCGGCUCCGCCGCGCCCGACUACUGGAUCGAUGGCUCCAACAAGGACACCCUGGCUCACUACUUCGAGCUGGAGUCCGAGCUGGGACGUGGGGCUACAUCCAUUGUCUACAGAUGCAGGCAGAAAGGGACCCAGAAACCUUACGCCGUCAAAAUGUUGAAGAAGACAGUAGACAAGAAAAUUGUCCGCACUGAAAUUGGAGUUCUUCUUCGCCUUUCACAUCCCAACAUAAUAAAACUGAAGGAGAUAUUUGAGACCCCUACAGAAAUCAGUCUUGUUCUGGAACUAGUCACUGGUGGAGAGCUAUUUGACAGGAUUGUGGAAAAGGGGUACUACAGUGAACGAGAUGCUGCAGAUGCUGUCAAACAGAUCCUGGAGGCAGUUUCUUAUCUGCAUGCAAAUGGGAUUGUGCAUCGAGACUUGAAGCCAGAAAAUUUACUCUAUGCAACACCAGCACCAGAUGCACCAUUAAAAAUUGCUGACUUUGGACUUUCCAAGAUUGUGGAAGAUCAUGUGACCAUGAAGACUGUUUGUGGAACUCCAGGGUACUGUGCACCAGAGAUAUUACGGGGAUGUGCCUAUGGCCCUGAGGUGGACAUGUGGUCCCUGGGGAUUAUCACCUACAUCUUACUUUGUGGCUUUGAACCAUUUUAUGAUGAAAGGGGAGAUCAGUAUAUGUUUAAGAGAAUCCUGAGCUGUGAAUAUGACUUUGUGUCCCCCUGGUGGGAUGAUGUGUCUCUGAAUGCCAAGGAUUUAGUUAAAAAGUUGAUUGUUUUAGACCCCAAGAAACGCCUCACCACUCUACAGGCUUUGCAGCACCCAUGGGUAACAGGGAAGGCAAUAAACUUUGCACAUAUGGACAACGCACAAAAGAAACUUCAGGAAUUCAACGCCCGGCGUAAACUUAAGGCCGCAGUGAAAGCCGUGGUGGCCUCCACACGCCUGGGCAGCCACAGCGCCCACGAUGGCCACAGGCCCGGGCACGGCCCCGCGCCCGGCCCGGACGCCCAGCCCGGCGAGGAGCCCGCGCGGGAGGCGGCGGCGCCGCAGGAGCUGCCCUAGGUCGACGCUGGUGUCGGCCGGGAUGCGGCACCUCACACACCAGCUACCUUCCCGUCCAGCCCGACAGAUUAGUAAGCUUGGCCUCUCUGGUUCUGCUUCAGGGCGCCACGGGCCCCUGGCGAUCCUACCUUCAGUGCAUGUGACUGCUUAUGAAAAUAGCAAACUGUUCCAUUAGGCAUGUCAUGGAAACAGUGUAAUUUGCAGUAAUACCGGCAGGUGAAAACAUGGGGAUUAUUAACUAUCUACCAUAAUGUGUAUACUUCAUCUAUCUAGUGUUCCUAGGUGGCAUUUGAAACAAAAUGCUGUUUUGUUCGGUUUUAUGGAAGUAGUUGUCUUAUCUAUGUUGUGAGUUUCUUUGAACUGUUUCCUUCCAGGCUCAUAGUCCUUCAGCAGACAAAAUGGAAGGAAAUACCAAACUAGUGCUUUUAAAACUGAUGUAUGAAAUAAUGUUUUUUAUCUGUAAAAUUGAAAAAGUAUUUGGGGAUUUACAUGCAAAAAAAAAAAACCAAAAAAAAAAAACCAAAACAAAACAAAAAAAAAACAACAACAACAAAAAAAAUCGCAAAAACAACAAAAACCAACAUUCCACUACUUAUGAGAAGAAAUUGAAAUGGUAGUUCCACUGGGCAUGAAAAUGUACAUCGUUCAAGCUUGCAUUGAGAAUGCCUUAUUCUGACUUUUCCUGUUUAUAUACAAUAUUUUAAUAACAACCAAAAUUACUCAGAUUUCUGUCAUUUCAUUCCGCAGUAAAGUUUUAGUGAAACAAAACUAUAGACUAAACAAGGAUUAGAGUACAUGCAAAUUUUUGGCAUGCCAUUAUAUUUAUCCAUUAAAAUUUUAAUCUGCAGCUAGAAGACAUUUUAUAGGCCCUAAGGGAAUAAUCUGCAUUUAAAUAAGUUGCAAAUGUUUGAAGGAAGCUAUUCCACAAUCGCUAUUGGCGAUUUUGCUUUGGGGAAACACUUUUAUGCAAGGUCUGGGAGCAAGCAGUAUAAUCUAGUUGGUUCCUGGGUAGUUUAACCUCAUGAGUGAGCAGUUUCCACCUGUAAUUAGUCCACAUGUUCCUAACAAAGGACCCCUCCUGUAAAGUGAUCCACCAGCACCGAUCUUGCAUCCACCCACAGCUGUGUCUUGAGUUUGCAGGUGUGUGCAUCAAUCAGCUUGCAAAAGUAGGGUCAGGCUCUUCAGCUAUCUUGAUAUUUUUGUUGAAUGUGGUUGAUAGGAACUGAAAAACUAAUCUGCAUCAGUGUGUAUGACCACUUACACUUGUUUGUUAUCUAUUUGACAGCAUGUGACUAUUGUACUGAUAUAUUACAAAAAUGGCAAAAAGAACCUGAUGUACAAAAACGUCGUUUGUGCUUGUUAAAAUUUUUAAUACUGAUAGUUAUCUAACAUCCUAACACAGUCAUCAUUCCUCUUUAGCUUUAAUUGUUUUUAUGUUGUUGUUGUUAGGCCUUGCACAACUUGCCUUGAAAAAAUACAGCAGCUACUGAAAAAAACAAGACUUUAAUAAAACAUUCAAUAACUACAUUUCCUGAUGAAAUUAAAGGGUAAUACAAUGUUAUUUGUAUGGUAGAUUUAAUAAAUAAAUUGUGCUCUAAAUUAAUAUAUAAAUGAGGUUUAAAGAUCCUGUCUUUACUGGGUGAAAAUGCAUGCUAAUGAAUCUAUUAUACUUGAGAUUUUUUAUCCAUUUCUUAGAACUCUUUGAACUUGUACAAAAAGUUUUGCUAACUAAGAAGGGUUGAAAUUUAAAGUACAUGCAUACAUUCAGUUUUCAAGAGACACUUUGAGGUCAGCUGAAACAUCUGAUGGGGGCAUAGAAGCUGUAUGCAAGCCAACAUGACACUUCUACAGAUUUUUCUCCUGGAAGCAAGAUUAAUAAUUUUGGAGAAGCUCAUAGAUACAUCCACCUGUCUCACUUCUUCCUCUCUGUCUUACCUCCUUUGAGAUCACUGCAGGCAAAAUGCAAAUCUCAGCUACUGUAUUCCACCCUCUUAUCAUUGGUGAAGUAAUCCAAGUUCAGUCAGUAGGGAAGUUUGAUGGGAGAGGCUGGAUUUCUGUAACAUUUCAUCUUCAUUGGGGAUAAUUGCUUCAAACCUGCAGAAGUGGAGUUGGCUGCACAUUAACUGCACAUCUGUGAGAGCUUGAGCAUAAAUUCCUUUAUCUAAGGCACAGUUUGUUGAGCUGAAAAGCCAUCCCAGCUGAUUCCCCAUGGUAGUUCUUUGCUAAAUUGUACCACAGCAAAUCAUAACUAUGAACUGAUGCCAUCCAGCAGAUCUCUCUGUGGCAGCAUGAUCUUCAGAGACAACUCAGUUUUAUGUAUAAAGGCUCUGGGGCUUCAGUUAUUUUUUUUAUUUUGUUUUCGUUUUUGUUUUUUUUUUUGCUUUGCUUUCUUUUAUCAUUCUCAGCAAUCAGGAUGUCUGUGCUGAGUCAGUGACUGCCAGUAGGUGACUCAGUAAAGCACUGUGCCUGGCUGAUAUAUUUGAUGUAUGGCAGCACUUGGGUGUAUGCAUGCACUGGAAGACAGGAGUUUUGCCUGCAUUGGUUUUGUCUGAAAAACCACAUCCUGGUGGCAUCUGCUGUAAUGCAGACUGGGAUGUUCAACAUCAGUAUCUUACUG